UUCCUCCAUUUCCGAGGAGGCAGAUCAGCUGUGUGGUGGUUACCUGAAUUUAAAUUUCUUUGAAAAAGCACACACAAAAAAAUAAGUGUGUUAUACAAUAUCAUGUCCUCAAACAACAUGGCAGACCCAAGGAGACCAAAUAAGAUUUUAAGAUACAAGCCCCCAAGCACAGAGGCCAACCCCACGCUGGAGGACCCCACACCUGACUACAUGAACCUGCUUGGUAUGAUCUUCAGCAUGUGUGGACUGAUGCUCAAGCUGAAGUGGUGUGCCUGGAUCGCAGUCUACUGCUCUUUUAUUAGCUUUGCAAACUCCAGAAGCUCAGAGGACACCAAGCAGAUGAUGAGCAGUUUCAUGCUGUCCAUCUCAGCAGUUGUGAUGUCCUACCUCCAGAACCCACAGCCAAUGUCGCCACCAUGGUAACCACGGGCCAAUCACAAAAGAGCACAGAAAUGAAUUGUGGGUGACGAGACAGCUGAUUGGGCACCCCACGUCCGUCAGUGAGGAAAAACAGAGACUGAAAGAAAGAUGAUAUGAUAAGAGAGAGAGAACGUGGACAGUAGGAUACUGAGAUCACAUUGCCUUUGAUCGUGUCCUCAUAUUGUUCUCUUUUUAGUCUGAGUCUUUACUGUUUGGCUGUUCUAAAUAAAAUUGUCUGGUUUUUAAAUGAA